AAUAGUUUUAGCGUUGGUUGGUAUAUUGUUUGACUUAAAGUUUUAAGAUGAGGAAUAAGUUACGAAGUUGUGUCUUUAUAUUGCUACUAUCAUUCUCCGCAGCCAAUAUAUUCAUUGAAGAACCGUCAGACAAAUUAGUUCCAUCUGAUUCAACGGCGAUCAUCUCAUUUACUUGCAAAGCUAACGUUGUUGAUCCAGUAUAUACGUGGCGGAAAGAUGGGUCGCCCGUUGAUACAGCAGAUGGCUCCCGAUUCCAAGUGCACGGAGGAACGUUAGAAAUAUCGAAUCCACAAGAUUCAGAUGCAGGCGAUUACCAGUGUGUUCUUAGCAGCGUGGAUGGGACUGUUGUCAGUAAUUAUGGAAAGCUUGUGUUUGGAUGGGUUGGAGAAUUCUCUCCUUCGGUAAACGAACCAGUGACAACAGUUGUUGGUAAGGGAGUGUCGAUCAAAUGCCCACAGCCAAGUUAUGCUCCAGAGCACUCCGUCAGUUUCUAUUGGGAGGCAAUCGACAAAAACACGAGGAUACAAACGCCCUGCAACCAAUCCCACUACGUUUCUCAAACCGAUGGCACAUUAUACAUUGCUAACCCCACCGCUAUUGACCAAGACACCUUAACAUGUAACGUGCGAUCACUUUGGAAAUACAAUGGCAAGCCAGAGAAAGCGGAAUCGAGCAUUGUACCGCUAACUGUGGAUUCGUCAAAUGUCGAGUUCGAUCCGGAGUUUAUGCUUGUGCCCAAACCCGUUACAAACGCUAAGAGAGGAGGAUACGCAAUCAUUGAAUGCUUUGCAAGUGGCAGGCCCACACCGCAGUUAUCAUGGACAAAACUGGACGGCCCAAUGCCUGUCAAUCACACCAUAAGUGAAGCAGGCCAACUUAUCUUGAAAGCGGUAACUGAGGACAUGGCUGGUACAUACAGGUGCACUGCUGUUAAUAGCAAGGGGUCAACACAUGCAGAUGGGGAAUUGAGACUCGAAUAUGCGCCGCAGUGGACUUCACCUAUUUCCUCAUUCUCUGUGGAUAGAACCACAUCUGCAUCUAUACAAUGUGGAGCCAUUGCUGUUCCCACUCCAUCAUUUACUUGGCUCAAAAAUGGCGUCGUGCUUGGCGACAGUGGGAAUAUAAACAUUGGGAAUUUUGAUGGUGGAAGCCAGCUAGACAUCUAUGAUGUUUCAGAAGCCGACCAAGGAAUGUACCAAUGUGUAGUAAGCAAUUCACAUGGGAGCAUAUUCUCGAGCGCAAAAAUGGCCGUAGUCUCUAUUCCUCCAACCAUUAUAGAACCUGUGCCGGACAUCACGCGCGCUGCGUUGGACAAUGAAGUGAUCAUCACAUGUGAUAUAGAAGCAGCACCAGCGGCCGUUAUAGUUUGGACCAAGGAUACCGAUCAAGUGCUUGUAAUUGAUAAUAACAAAUAUACUUUGCAAUCAGAUGGUCUUAAAAUAAGCAACCUCGCAAAUGGUGAUGCUGGUGUAUAUAAUUGCUAUGCUGAGAAUGAUAUGGGAAACGUACAAAGUGAAGGAACAUUGCAAAUUUACUUGCCCACAGUUAUAACAACAGGACCACAAGGGAAUGAAGUCAUUGUGGGCGACUUGGUUCAAAUGGGAUGUCAAGCUACACAUGAUAACCAGUUGGAACUUACAUGGUCAUGGACACAAAAUGGGGAAGCUAUCAGUGUAUUUGAUAAACAUUAUACAAUAUCCGGUGACAGCAUACUGAUUAAAGAUGUUUCCAGUGAGCAAGCAGGAAUUUACCAGUGUUGCGCAAAUACCGAUGUUGGAACAGAUUGUGCAUCUGCUACUGUGGUUGUUAUGGCACCCCCCGAACCCCCUACCAAUGUAAUGGUCACAAACUCAUAUGAGAACACCGUCACACUACAAUGGCAAGCAGGCAAUGAUAAUGGGGCAGCCGUGGACUUGUAUUUGGUUGAAGCUAAAUGUGGUUUUGAUUGCUCAUGGAGAUUUAUUGUCACGAGUCCGAUAUUUGUCAACACAACGACUUGUCAAGUGAAGAAACUUCUUCCAAACAACGACUAUAUGUUCCGAGUAACAGCCAUGAAUAAAUAUGGCACUGGUGCACCUAGUGAGCCUUCAGCAGUUUAUUCAAGCCCUCCAGGAGCUCCAAUUAGACAUCCAAUCAAAAUCAAAGGAGCAAGCAAGGAACUUGGGGAGUUGGUGGUGCAAUGGCAGCCAAUGCAACCAAAGUAUUUUGGAGACAACGAUAUAUCGUACAAGGUUGUUAUUCGUAAACAAGUAAGAGGAGACCCAGUUGUUCUUCCGGUUAAUUUGAACGAUACAAAUGUUCCACCUGUUGAUAAUAGACCUUGGAUUGAACAAGUUGCGAUUGGAGGUACCAAGAAUCAAACAACAUUUAAGGUAAAUGCAUCUGAGAUAUUUGUUCCAUAUGAAGUAAAAGUACAAGCAGUUAACAACUAUGGACCUGGACCAUUCAGUUUGAUGAGGGUGCUACAUACUGCUGAAAAAGGUUUGGGUUUAUAGUUUGUGAAAUUUACUCCA